GCAAUUAAUUCAAGAAUGAUUAUAACUCUUUCUUUCUUAAUCUUCUCUUGUUCAUCCUUAAUAACUGCAUGGUCUACUAACCAAACAGAUUUACAUUCAUUGUUGGCCAUGAAACAAGCCAUUGUUGAUCCAUAUGGAGCUCUAAACUCGUGGAACGAAUCUACGCCUUUCUGCGGUUGGAACGGCAUUCAAUGCGGUCGCAUGCAUCCCGAUAGAGUCGUUGCCAUAAAAUUGUAUUCUCGUGGCUUGAUGGGAUCGCUCUCGCCUCAUAUAGGUAAUCUCUCGUUUCUCCGGAUCAUUAAUCUCAAUAACAAUAGCUUCCGCGGCCGAAUUCCCGAAGAAAUCGGUCUUUUAAGACGGCUUAUGUAUAUAGAGUUUAGCAAUAAUUCCUUUUUAGGAACAAUACCGAAAAACAUUUCCCAAUGUAGAAAUCUAGUUUAUCUUAACUUGAUCGACAACAAUUUCUCUGGAACAAUACCUCCGGAACUCCAACUUUUGAAGAAACUAAGAGAUCUAGGCAUAGGAAAGAACAAACUACUUUCGGGCCCUAUACCUCAAUCCAUUGGAAACCUAACAUCUCUUACGCAACUUGCGUUAAGAUCUUGCAGCUUGAGUGGAGAAAUUCCCGAGUCCUUGGCCCAACUUCGAAGCCUAGGAAUUCUUGAUUUAGGUGACAACAACUUAAGCGGUACGAUUCCUCGAAGUCUCUUCAAUAUGUCUACUAUAUAUUCGCUUAAAGUCUACUCGAAUAGUCUUCAAGGAUCCAUACCCUAUGACAUAGGCCUCACUCUCCCAAAUUUGAGGGAACUCGUCUUGGCGCAAAAUCAAUUUAGUGGGGGUGUUCCGAUUUCUCUCUCGAAUGCCUCCUCCCUUGAACGGUUGGUGUUAUCAAUUAAUAAUUUCACCGGGCGAAUGCCUCGGUUUGACGAGCUUUCGCGCCUUCGUUCCUUGUAUGCCGCAACAACCUUUAUUAACGAUGAUAUUGGUUUUAUUUCAUCGCUAACGAAUUGCACAAAGCUACAAGACCUUGAUCUAGGUGAAAAUCCAUUUAUUAGUGGUACGAUUCCAGACACGAUUGCCAACAUGUCUAAGUAUCUCGGUGCACUAGGAAUUUAUAGUACUCAAGUUGUCGGAAAAAUUCCUUCGGGUAUCGGAAACCUUGUUGGCCUCUCACUCGUGCAACUUUACAACAACAAACUCGAGGGUCCUAUUCCGUUGAGCAUGGGGACACUUUCUAAUUUGUAUGUUCUUGACUUGGGUGAUAACGGAUUUACCGGUGAUAUUCCGACUAACUUUGGAAACUUGAGUUUGUUGACGAAUUUGUAUUUGCAAGGAAAUAACUUUUCCGGGCAUAUUCCCAAGAGUAUCGGUAACUGCUCCAACUUGCUAGAACUAUAUCUUUCUCGUAACAAUCUUAUUGGAUCUAUACCUCAAGAGAUUCUUAUUCCCGUCCUUUCGAUUUCAUUGGAUCUAUCUUACAACGCAUUGAUGGGUUCCAUUCCUAUUGAAGUAGGAUCAUUGAAAAACCUAGCAAUCUUAGAUUUGUCCAACAAUAGGUUGUCCGGACUCAUUCCGAACUCUUUAAGAACAUGCAUUAGCUUAGAACAACUCGAUCUCGAGGGCAAUUUAUUCGAAGGACAACUACCCGAGGGAUUAAGUUCUUUGAUGGGCUUAACAAAUUUGGAUCUUUCGCGAAAUAAUUUAUCUGGAACAAUCCCAAGUUCUUUUGGUAUGCUUCGUCUUCAACAAUUGAAUCUAUCUUUCAAUAGAUUGCAAGGACAAGUGCCAACAACCGGAGUGUUUAAAAAUAAGACCGCAAUUUCUCUACAAGGAAACAAACAACUAUGUGGAGGAAUUCUUGAGCUAAACCUUCCUCCUUGCCCUUCAUCAUCGUCAUCGUCGCCAAUUUCUUCACGGAAAAACUUGUCAACUCCACUAAAAAUCGUGAUCCCGAUAGCCGGAGUUGCAGCAAUUCUAUGCCUCGUCGUUUUUCUUUACAAGAUAAGAGCAUCCAAAAAAAGUCCGUCGUCUCCACCAUCAUUCGCCGGAGUCACUUUCUUGAGGCUCUCGUAUUCUGAUCUACUUAAAGCAACAGGUGGAUUCGCCGAGGCUAACCUAGUGGGAUUCGGAAGAUUUGGGCACGUUUAUAAAGGUAUUCUCGAUGACGGGGUGACGGUUAUAGCUGUGAAAGUGCUCAAUCUUGUUACGAAAGGGGCCUCUAAGAGCUUCUCGGCGGAAUGCAAUGCCCUCAGAGGCAUAAGACACAGAAAUCUUUUGAAAAUACUAAGUGUUUGCGAAAGCAUAGACUUCCAAGAAAACGAUUUCAAAGCAUUGGUCUACGAGUUUAAGGCGAACGGGAGUCUAGACAAAUGGUUGUACUACAACGGUGAACGAGAAGAAGGAUCCGAUGCACGACUUAGAAAUCUCGACAUCACUGAGAGGCUCAAUAUCGCCAUUGAUGUUGCUCAAGCACUUGAAUAUCUUCAUUGUGGGACCGAGUCGAUAAUUGUUCAUGGCGAUUUGAAACCGAGUAACAUUCUUCUGGGCGAGGAUAUGUCGGCCUGUGUUGGUGACUUUGGUUUAUCCAAGAUUUUGUCGAGCGUAGUACCACCGCACGAAAGCAGCAGCAUCAGCACAAUUGGGAUCAAAGGUACCAUCGGCUACGUUCCGCCAGAGUAUGGCAUGAUUAACUCGAUUUCAACAAAAGGGGAUGUGUAUAGUUACGGUAUCCUUGUCUUGGAGAUGUUCACAAAUAGAAGGCCGACAGAUGAUUCAUUUAUCGAUCACGUCAAUCUUCACAAUUUCGUUCGAGCUGCAUUUCCGAAUCGUGUAAUGGAAAUUGUAGAUCCUCUCAUUCGAAUAGGUCCUCAGCAGAAUGACACUGAGUUUGAGGGUUGCGUGUGCUCUAUUAUCAGCAUCGGGUUGCGAUGUUCAAAGGAAAUAUCGGGAGAACGGAUGUCGAUAACAAAUGUUGUUAGGGAAUUGCAUAAGAUUCGAAACAAAUUGUCGAGCUGAAAACAGAGUUAGGGAUUUGUAAUAUUUUUGUUAAAGCUUUGAGGUAUUGUAAUAUUUUUGUCGGACAAAUUAUGGCCACC